AUGGCUGUGGUCGACCCCCAUCACCAACGAAGUCAAGCUGUGAGUCUAUCCGCAACUCGCCCCAUCAUGAUGUACGAAACGGAAACUUGGACAGCACCAUCAACGGUGAUGAAGAGGCUUGAUUGCACGGAUCGAAAGCUGCUUAGACGGCUACUUGGCUACGUUUGGCCUAGGGUACGCCACAAUGAUGAUCUUUACGCCGAAAUUGUUUCACCGGCGGAUGACACGUGA